AUGACCGCGACGCAGCGGCAGGAGCUGGUCACUCUCCUAGUAGAGAAGAGUGACCAGUUUCUGACCAAGGGGAUCUUAUACGAACCCGCUUCAACAAUCGUCCCAGUUGAGACCGCUAACCCACCCGCCGGGUUCGAUCAGCUCGAUCAGCCUGACGUUGACGAUAAAGAAGCAUUAGAUGAAGAGCGGUUAGCCCAGCUACAAAAGGGGUUAUGA